AUGCCAGAGAGUCUUGCUGGCAACAAGCUUUCGGAGAGAUAUAUCUCUCUUUUGGGUUUUCUUUCUUUUCGGUUUGUUACCACGAUUAUAGCUUUUUUCUCUGGACGGAAUCCCUCCACCAUGGCAUGGUUUCCGUCAGAUCCUAACUGGAAUGACUUCUACCUCCCGGCUGGGACGGAACAAGAACUCAAAGACCUCGAAAGUAUCUUCGGCGACAUACAGCAACCCACAAACCAAACUCACGCUACGCCUCCUUACACCCGAUCCGAUCUCCCAGAGGUGGACUUCAUGACCCCAAAUCCACAUAGCUCAAUUGCCCCAUUGGCCCAACACAACCUAGGUCUCGGCAAUCAACUCAUGAUGAGCAGAGACAGCCCUCAGCCACAGAGCAUGACUCCGGCUCCUCAUGCUGAACCACCGUCCGAACAAUCGGUGAACCCCAAGGUCACGCCCAAGGGUCGGAAACCCCGAGGCCAUCGAAAGUCUGUUGAAUUACAGUAA